AUGGGCCGCAGCUUCUCGGGCAACCUGUUCGCUGCGGGGAAGCUCAGGUUAAUUGAGGAGAGCGACAGUUUAGGUAUUACUUGUGGUCGUACACGUAUCCCUGUUUUAGGAAAACUUGGGACUUUUGAAACUUGUUCCCUAAAACGAAUUCCUCUUAGAAACUUUUCAGAAACACCAGCAUAUUUUGCUUCAAAGGAUGGUGCAAGCAAGGAUGGUUCUGGAGAUGGAAGCAAGAAAUCUGUUGGUGAGGGUGGUGGUAAAAAGUCAAGCUCUGGAAGCUCUGGGAAAGGAGGGAACCAGCUGCGCUGCCCAAAGUGUGGGGACUUGUGCACACACGUGGAGACCUUUGUGUCUUCCACCCGUUUUGUGAAGUGUGAGAAGUGUCACCACUUUUUUGUUGUCCUAUCAGAGGCAGACACAAAAAAGAGCAUCAUUAAAGAGCCCGAGUCAGCAGCAGAAGCUGUGAAAUUGGCAUUCCAGCAGAAGCCACCACCUCCACCGAAAAAGAUUUACAACUACCUCGACAAAUACGUUGUUGGUCAGUGUUUUGCCAAGAAGGUGCUUUCAGUUGCUGUGUAUAAUCAUUACAAGAGAAUCUACAAUAAUAUCCCAUCUAACCUGAGACAGCAAGCAGAAGUUGAGAAACAGACUUCUUUAACACCAAGAGAAUUAGAAAUCAGAAGACGGGAGGAUGAGUACAGAUUUACAAAACUGUUGCAGAUUGCUGGAAUCAGUCCACACGGUAAUGCUUUGGGAGCAUCAAUGCAGCAACAAAUGAACCAGCAGAUACCUCAGGAAAAACGGGGAGGAGAAGUACUAGAUUCACCCAAUGAUGACAUUAAACUUGAAAAAAGUAAUAUUUUGCUGCUUGGACCAACUGGAUCAGGUAAAACCUUGCUGGCUCAGACUCUGGCUAAAUGCCUAGAUGUCCCUUUUGCUAUCUGUGAUUGUACCACCUUGACUCAAGCUGGCUAUGUUGGGGAAGACAUUGAAUCUGUCAUUGCAAAACUCCUGCAAGAUGCCAACUACAACAUAGAGAAAGCACAGCAAGGAAUUGUUUUUCUGGAUGAAGUAGAUAAGAUUGGCAGUGUUCCUGGUAUCCAUCAGUUACGGGAUGUUGGGGGAGAAGGUGUUCAGCAGGGCUUGUUAAAAUUACUUGAAGGCACAAUAGUAAACGUUCCAGAAAAGAAUUCUCGAAAACUACGUGGAGAAACGGUGCAGGUUGACACAACAAACAUCCUGUUUGUAGCUUCUGGUGCUUUUAAUGGUCUUGACAGAAUUAUCAGCAGGAGGAAAAAUGAAAAAUACCUAGGAUUUGGGACACCAUCUAACAUGGGGAAAGGCAGAAGGGCGGCAGCAGCAGCUGAUCUUGCCAAUAUCAGCGGAGAGUCUGACCCACAGGAAGAUAUUGAGGAGAAGGAUCGCUUGCUGCGCCACGUGGAAGCCAGGGAUCUCAUCGAGUUUGGCAUGAUUCCUGAAUUUGUGGGACGUUUGCCUGUUGUGGUUCCUCUGCACAGCCUGGAUGAGAAAACUCUCGUACGGAUCCUCACCGAGCCACGGAACGCUGUGGUUCCUCAGUACCAGGCACUAUUCAGCAUGGAUAAGUGUGAAUUAAAUGUAACUGAAGAUGCAUUGAAGGCUAUAGCCAGACUGGCCCUGGACAGAAAAACUGGUGCCAGAGGUCUUCGGUCUAUAAUGGAGAAGCUGCUGCUGGAGCCCAUGUUUGAAGUGCCCAAUUCUGACAUCGUAUGUGUGGAAGUUGACAAAGAUGUUGUAGAAGGCAAAAAAGAGCCAGGAUACAUUAGGGCUCCCACCAAGGAUUCAUCAGAAGAGGAGUAUGACUCUGGAGUGGAGGAGGAAGGCUGGCCUCGACAGGCAGAUGCUGCAAACCAUUAAACACUGUCAGAACUGUCACCUGCAAAAAGCUCCCUCGGUUCUUUCCUUACGAUUGCUUCUGGCUGCAGCCUGAUCCCAAAGGCACCAGAUCUGUCUCGGAUACAAUUCGUGAUGAGGAACUUGAUUAGCUAGAUCAGAUCGUGUGUUUUAUUGCAGCAUCACAUUGAUUUGAUGGACAGAGUGUGGACUGGGAUGGCAUAAUGUUCAAAUAUGAAUUGUAUAUUACACUUGUUCAAUUAAAAUGUAUAGCAAAUGCAGCAGCACCUGCACUGCUCUUGCCAGAAAAAAAAACCAGCAGCACAGGUGCUGCCAAUAGUUAGAUUUAACAAUAAUGUUACUCUACAAAUGGGAAAUCAAAAUUAAUCUAAACUAUCUUAGCUCCUGGUACGGCUCACAGGGGGUUAUGUUCAGGUCAGUGUUAGUCCUGCUGGUGUGUGGAACCCAGCGGGUGCAGGAGUGACUUGUUACAUUGGUGGGGGAGGAAACCCUUUCGGAAAAACUGGGACACACUUUGUGACACUGCUGGGAGAUUCUGCUAACAUGUGACACUGGUUUGUUACAGUAAUUUGAAUAUCGAAUAAUACCCUUCACAUCUCCAUUGGGAGCUUUAGACACCUUGGAUACUGUGAAAGAAGGUGAAGUCAGUCAUUUACUGGUUUUCCAGAGGGUUAACAAGAUUCCUAGGAAGCAGUAAAACCAUCUAAAUUUGGAUGAGAAGUCACCAUAAAUUUUUAAAUAUUAAUGUUCUAAUAUAGUACAUUUUGUUUAACGUAUUGGAACUAUCAUGCAUCAGUUUUUUGGUGCCAGGUAUUUGCCCAACCUAUCUUAUAAUGUUAAGAGAUGAAAGAAGUAAAUGUAUAAUAUUUUUGCUGUAAUCAGUAGUGAUUGUUCACAACAGUGCUUUUUAAGUUAUAUUCUCAAAUACUAGUAUUGCAUCUUGUGGGUUUGUCUUUGAUUUUUAGUCUCACAGCAAGCAAUCCUCCCUCUUCUGUUCUCCACCAAAAUUAAUUCAAUCCUUUAGGAAAGUCUUUGUAAAAACACUAAAGGACCUGUAUGUUUUUGAUUUGUUUCAGGAAUUAAAAUUGUCACUUACAACUUUGUUUUGUCCUUCGGUGAAAACGUGGAUUUGAGUUUCCCUAAAACUUUAAUUCACACUAUUUCAAUAAAACUUUCAUCCUUCUUUUCA